GAUUGACAUUUAGCGUUUGUUCCCAGCAACUGUGACAAGCAGUAUGCGUGUAUGAGAGAGGGUUUAUUUGAAUGAGGUUGGCAGCGCACAUGUGUGUGUCAAGAGACGUUUGUCUUUAGUCGGGGGGUGGGUCUAAGAGCCUGAGUCAAGCAGCUGUCAAAGAAAGCUGUCAAGCAGUUUAAUCAUCAAACAUUGCGCUGGAGUGCAACAAGAAACCCAGUGGCCGGGGGCGAGGCUAUCUCUCAGGUACAUGCACACACAAUGGACUCACCUUUUGUUUCAGACCACUGCUAGCACGUUGGCACAAAGGAGACAGCGAGGUAUAACAAAAAAAUUAUUUUAGGAAAACGAAGACAGAGGCUCGACGGAAAUCUGUGCUAAGCGGUGUGUCAUCAAGCAGAGUUUUUUAUAUAAAAAAUCAACAAAUUUGGGAAUACUGCAAAUACUAAAACGAGAAAACGGUUCUUUUGUGCAAGUCUUCGUUUUGAAAGGAGUGUUGCGUUGUUAACAAUGAAAGCCAGAAAAGGCAUGUUUGCUAUGUCAGGAAGUGAAACAGAGGAUGAUGAUGGCAUGGAUGCCCCGUUGGACCUCUCUUUUACUGCUUAUUCAAGCAAAAGGAAAAGACGUGGCAAUUUGCCCAAAGAGUCUGUGCAGAUUUUGCGUGACUGGCUGUAUGAACACCGCUACAAUGCCUACCCUUCUGAACAAGAAAAAGCACUACUGUCCAGACAAACUCAUCUCUCUACACUACAGGUGUGCAACUGGUUCAUCAAUGCACGUCGCAGACUUCUACCAGAGAUGCUAAGAAAGGAUGGUAAGGACCCUAAUCAAUUCACCAUAUCACGUAGGGGAAGCAAGAUUCCCGAAUCUGGUUUAAUGGAAUCGUCUCUAAAUUCAAAGAUGUGCAUCCAGACAUUUGAAGAAAAUAGUUUUCAUUCCACCACUACAGUUUCAGCUCAGGUCCUUCAGAAUCCUCUUGCACAAAAGACUACUUUUUCAGGAACAAUGCCACUUCGGCCUUCAGUGAUUUGUCAUACCACUGUAACUGCACCAAAAGACAUUCCAUUUCAUUGCUUACCACUUCUGAACACAGAUGGGGAGAUGAGCCUACAGGCUUUGCCGGGACCCAACUUUACAGACACUACAGUGGAGUAUCACAAUAGCAACAACUACUCUGGAUGCAAUAGUACAAACGCACAGAGUGGACUUUUCAACACUCCACCUCCUACCCCACCAGACCUCAACCAAGAUUUCAGUGGAUUUCAGCUUCUUGUUGAUGUUGCACUCAAAAGAGCAGCAGAGAUGGAGUUGCAAUCAAAACUUGUUGCUUAAAAUUACACUACAGUGCCAUAAGUGGAAGCACCAGAGCUGCAAUUAACAAUUGUUGCCUGAAGCUGUACACUACAGUUCAAUAACUGACCGAGAAGGCAGAGAUGCAAGCAAUACUUGACACUGUGUAUAUUACAGUGUUGUAACUAACUGGAAAGGCGUCAAUUUCAAGCAAAAUAUGUGACAGUAACUGCACACUACAGUGUCAUAACUGACAGGAAAGACCAAUCUGCAAUAGAACUUGUGACUUAAAAUCUGUGCAUUGCAGAUUUAUUUGACUUGAAGCUCAGUGUCCUGAGAACAUUUCGUCAUUAGUUUCAGAGCAAUUACUUGAUUUUUGAUAUGCAGAUGAGGUUUUUUUUUUUUUGUUUUGUUUUGUUUUGUUGCACAGAGGAAUGUCCAAGUGUGGCUUCCUGUAGUGUCACAAUUCAAUAUACUUGUUCCAUGAAUCAAAACCGUUCAAUAUACUGUAGAAACUGAAAUGAUUUUUGUUUCUUAAUAGAUCAUACAGACAAUGAAAUGAUUCCCAAGACUGAUUUUUUUUUUUAUUUUAUGUUUUUGAUCCUUUCAGACUGUGCAAUAUUUGGUAGCAAGAGAGAUACUUCGCAUCAUUCCUUUGUGGCAAAGGUUGUCCACACACUGUAUGAAAUAAAUUUUCAUUUUUUUAAAAAACUAA